AUGGUAUUCAGCUUCGCUCCGGCUUGGAAAUAUACAUCUGGAAUCUUGUUGUCGUUGAUUCGUUCCUUGUUGAAUGGUUUAAACCGUUGCGGACGCUUCGCAACCCAUCACCUCAAUGGUCUACGGCGUCUUUGGGGGACAUUGCAUCCCAACUUGGAGAACGAUCCUCCAUCAUCUCCGUCCUCUCAAUCGUCCAUUGCAAGCAUGUCAUCAAACCGAACAGGCCGCAGCACACCAAUGUUUUCACCCGCCGACUCGCCUCCACCACUUGACCUUGAAGACACGGCAGAUUUUCAUGGUAUGGGAGGAGGCUUCCAAGAGUCCGACCUUCAAUAUCCGGACAUGGUCCUAGAGUGACGUGGCUUCUGUUUCCAUGGAGAAUUGUAUAUAUGCCAAAAGUGUUUUAAAGAACGGAGUAUCUGGGUCUUCUUCAGGAUUGGUCUAAAAGUGUUUUAUGCAUGGUGUUGGCUGGCGGGUGUCAUAAAAUUUGAG